ACGAAUAGUGUAAGGGAAAAGUAGUUUAAAAGAAUAGUUUAUCUCAUGUAAAUUUGUGUAAACAAAAUCAGAAAUAUGAAUGCAAGUAAUAUUAUCGCAGUGAUUGUCGCGGUUUUGGUCGUGCACCAUGUCAGUUCCGAACGUGAUAAAUGCUUUUGUACUCGUGAAUACGUACCGAUUUGUGCAACCGAUGGUGUAACCUAUUCCAAUAAGUGUUCAUUUGAAUGUGAAAGGCGAUACAGUAAUCAUUUGAAAAUCAAAUUCUACGGUGCAUGUGAUGAACAAUUUAAAAUUUUAGCAUCUAAAGAGAAUCCACGAAAAGCCGAAGAUUAUUGUUUAUGUACGCAAAAUUUUGUUCCUGUCUGUGGAAAUGAUGAUCAAACCUACUUCAAUGAGUGUAAACUUAAGUGUGAGCAAAAACACAAGAAACAAUUAAAAAUCAAAUAUCCAGGAGAAUGCAAAAAUGCCGCUAUGCUCUCACCGAUCAAUUGCAUUUGCCAUUUCAAUUAUAAACCAGUUUGUGGUACAGACGGAAAUACUUAUUCGAAUGAGUGUGUAUUGAGAUGUAACAAAAAACACAAUUCAAAUCUUGAGGUUAAACAUCAAGGAAGAUGUGGAGGCGUAAUAAGUAACAAGUAUCAACAAAUACCAUUGCUUGAAGAACUGUGCAUUUGUCCAACUUUGUAUGCACCUGUCUGCGGAUCAAAUGGAAAAACAUAUUCCAAUAGAUGCCUUUUGAAUUGUGCACAAGGAAGAACGUCUAAUUUAAGCUUGAAACACUUUGGAGCAUGCCAUUAAUUCUCCACGAAAAAUAUUAAGCUUAAAACUAAUAUCUAGAUUAAGGUUGUAGCUUAUUUAUUUAUAGUCGUUUAAAGUCGAUUUAUUUAUAGUCUCCAUUUUUUACACUAUAGAAUUUUUUUCAAUACAUUUUUUAAACCAAUCCAGUGAAAAGAUACACAAAUGAAAAAUUCACAUUUUUAGCUAUAUCAUACUUACUUUAUUAUGCACCAGCUUAAUAUAAUUUCAAGUUAUUUUGCUUUGUAAAAUAUGUAGUUUGCAACUCUGCUGAUUACUAUCAAUAAUUCGUUUUUAACAUCGGCUUUGUACUUGAAAUGCACAAUUUAUCUAAUAUAUGUAAAUUUCUUACAUAUAAACAUUUAAAACUCUUACGUAACCUUUUAAAAACAAAAUUUGUAGUC